UUCGCAGCAUUUAUGGUAUUAUACUGACCAAAAAGUUCGUGUUUUGGUGACAUUCACCAUCACGUCUCAUUUACUCCUGAGUGUGACAGGAUAUACUGUCCAACUUUAAUAUUUGCUGACGGACUGGUGAAUGAAAAUCCGUCGGAACAGGAAGGAUUCGAGUAAAAUUGAUUCAACAUAUACAAUGUUAACCAUUGAAUACAUAUCAAAACGUAUACAUUAUUUAUGCUAAUAGAGUUCAUGCUUUGUUUUCCGGAAGUGACGUCACUAUUUUCACACGUUUUCCCGCUGUGAAUCAUAACUUUUGGUGGUUAAACGUCUUUCAAUUAAAAAAUUUAUCUUAACUGAUCUUAUCUUAACUCAACUAAUCAUUUAUGAUUAUACUGUUGUUGGAGAGUUCGUGUUUUCUAAAAACGGAAGUGACGUCAUACGUCCUGAUGAGUCCGACAGUGUUUACUGUCCGACUUGAAUGUUCGCUGGUAUUUCCGGCCUACCACCACAUUGCUUUUUCGACAAACACUUUAGCUAGCAAGCAGAGGGAGGGCAAAUAUUUAUUGUCAAUUAUUAAUUAUAUUUCAUUUGUAUGAAUAGCACUGCUUUAUACACAUGUUAUUGACGGUGUAAAGGACUUAAGUACAGCAGAAUGGAUAUGUUUUUCUUUGACGGACCGCGAACACAUCUCCGGAAUGGUGUCACCUCCAUGGUGCAUAAAUAUACAUUUUCUCUGUAAUGUUUGAACUCAUCUAGAUUUACAGUUAAGGUGCAUGGCGCAUCAAUUGUAGCAUUUCCAACAGGUAACCUUGCUAAUAGGCUAGCCAGGCUCAUGUUUACCAACAUGGACAGGGAUGCGUACCGCAACUGUUGCAGCCUUGUCAAAAUCCCCAGGCAGUCCUACGAGCAGUUUUGCUCCUCGCAUUUUGUCGACUACAUUGAUAAAGAGCUGGGCUAUUCCAAGUUUUUCAAAAAGUACUUGCUUCCCAACCAUCCGUGCAUGUUUUCCAAAAGAUUCACCGAAGAGUGGAAGUGUAGGAAACAAUGGGUGACUGGUGAGGGGAAGCCUAAUUUCCAGAAACUGCUGCAAGAAUUUGAUGAGACUCCUGUCCCUGUGGCCAACUGUAAUGCAAAGGAAUACAAUGCAAACCCCAAACAAGUCAUGCCUUUCAAAGAAUUCAUACAAUAUUGGAAGGAGCACAUCCAGAACGGCCACUCGUCUCCUAAAGGAUGCCUUUACCUUAAAGACUGGCAUAUGCCAAGGGACUUUCCAGAACGCAAUGUUUAUACCACGCCGAUCUUCUUUACUUCCGAUUGGCUGAACGAGUACUGGGAUGCACUUGAAGUGGACGACUACCGCUUUGUCUACAUGGGACCCAAAGGAUCAUGGACACCGUUCCACGCCGACGUGUUCCGCUCCUACAGCUGGUCAGCGAACAUCUGCGGCAGGAAGAAGUGGCUGCUGUACCCUCCUGGCCAAGAGGAGUUUUUAAGAGACACGCACGACAAUCUCCCGUAUGACGUCACGUCAGGCGAACUACGCGACCUAAGCCUUUACCCGCACGCCCAAGAGGCCUGUCAGCCUCUGGAGAUCAUUCAAGAGGCCGGCGAGAUUAUUUUUGUGCCCAGCGGCUGGCAUCAUCAAGUUUAUAAUUUGGAGGACACCAUCUCCAUCAAUCAUAACUGGUUAAACGGCUGCAACGUAGACAUCAUGUGGCAGUUCCUGCAGACGGAGCUGUCGUCUGUGCAGAAAGAGAUAGAUGAGUGGAGGAACACCAUGGAUUCAUGGCAUCAACACUGUCAGGUUAUUAUGAAGGCUUGCUCCGGCAUCAACUACGGGGAAUUUGCAUCAUUCCUCAAAAUCAUCGCAGACAACCGCAUGGCUCUCCUGAAUGCUUGCUCCUCAGGAGACGCCUCCAAUUACCCACGGCAUCUCUCGGAGGCACUCGUCACCCUCGGACCUUACCACGCUGCCUUUGACUUGCAGAGAGUGGCUUACAUUUUGGAGCUGCUGCUCUGCAACGAAGAUUUUAAGCGUCUGGAUCAUUCGGCGUCCACCGUGCAGCCAGAAACGUUGCUGCAGCAAAUCCGGGACAUCAUACAAUCCACCAGGGGGCAGCAUCUCCUCUAUCAGGAAUGAGGGUGCAGUAUUUCUAAGUGGUGGUACAUUUUUGCUAAAUUUCCCUAAAAUUCAGAUGUGGAAAUAUUGAAAUGUGGACACUUUUAAUAGGAAUUAUUAGUUCAUUUAAAAAAAAUACAUUGCUUUAUUUAUUAAUAGUAUUUAUAUUCUUUCAUCGGACAAAAAAGGUGAAUGUUACAUCAUACAUAUUUCAUUGCAUGCAAUUCCAUAAAGUUUGUUAGCUUUAAAAAAUCAACUAGGCUGUUUAAGUCAUCAGUUAUUGUAAAGUCCCUUAUAUUUUCCAUGAAUUUCUCUUAAUUUUCGUUGAUAUUUUGCAAGCCCUUGUCUUGAUUAUGGAGGGCCAAAUGAAACAAAAUUAAAUAGUCUCUAAAAAGUCUUAAAAUAAUUAUUUGAUGUCUCAUUGAUUAAUUACUUUAUUAAAUAAAUCAUGGCAUAACAAUCUAUUAAAACUUGACAUAAUCAAAUCAAUAAUUAAAUGUAAUGUUACAAUAAACAAAUGAAAUUUGAUAACAUAUUUAUGAAUCUAUCCCAAUUAAAAUUAAUGACUGAUUAAUUUUCCCCAAAAUUUUUUUUUUCCUAUUAAGGCCCUCCACACUUAAUAGGCAUAGUCUGGAAAUAGCUUGAAUAGCAAUAAAAAUUAGAAUAAACACACUCCACUUAUUCCCAAACUUUAUCGUUUUAAGAAAGACUUUUAUAAAAAAUUACAAUUAGUUCUGUAAUAGGUUAAUUGGCAACACUAAAUUGUCCUUAGUGUGUAAAUGUUGUUCAUGUUGGCCCUGCGAUGAGGUUGCAACUUGUCCAAGGUGUACACCGCCUUCUGCCCGAGUGCAGCUGGGUUAGACUCCAGCACACCUCACGACCCCGAGAGGGACAAGCGGUAAAAGAUGGAUGUCUUAUUCCACGAAAAUAAAACAUCAAAGAUUCUGUUUUUAUGAUAAUCCGUACGUGCAAUGUUUUAUUGACUCGUCUUCCGUUUCUUUCUUAUCAACCUCCAGUCUAAAUACGUCUGGUACGUGACUGCCACAUACUGAUAACACUUAUCUUUACCCUCUUAGGGACUCCAAACGUUGAAAAAUGCAUCAUGAAUUGCAUCACAUCAAAGUAUAAUGUGCAUAAAUAAUUGUAAAACACAUACAAAUAAGCACGGUAGACUUUGAGAAUGUAGAC